AUGCCAGACUGGAACUCUGUCGAAGAGCUCACGCUCGAUGGCGCCAUCUUCCUCAAGGUUAUGCACGCCCUCGCCGGUCUUUACUUCUGGGAAGUCGUCACCUCCCUCGACUACGACUGGUCUUUCCUCACCGGCAAGAGGCGCUUCCACUACCCGGCCGUGUUCUACUUCCUCAACCGGUACUGCCUGCUCUUCACCAUGAUCGGCAUUUUGAUCGCCCUCGACACCACCGUUGAGAUCAACUGUCAAUCGCUCUACACCUUCAACCAGAUCAUGGGUCAGGCCGCCUCGGGUUUGGCUAGCAUCAACCUCUCCAUCCGCACCAUCGCUCUGUGGUCACACGACAAGCGCAUCAUCGUUCCUCUCGUGAUCAUCAUCCUCGGCCACUGGUCCCUCAUCCUCCAGGGUGUCCUCCUCACUGCCAUCUGGGUCCCUGGACAAGGCUGUGUGGUGUCUGGAACCAAUAACACCAUCCUUGCUGCGACAUUCAUUUACUCCAUGGCCUUCGACCUCGUCGUCCUCCUCUUGAGCAUGUACAAGCUCGUCCUCGGCGUUCGCGGCGGUCGCUCCCAGCUUAUGUCCCUCCUUUUCAAGGACGGUCUCGUGUACUUCUUCAUUGCCUUCUUCUCCAACCUCUUGGCCGUCGUGUUCAUCCUGCUCAACCUGAACGCGAUCAUGAGCGUCAUCUUCAAUGUACCCGCCGCGAUCUUCUCCACCAUCGUUGCCUGCCGCGCCGUUCGUCGUCUCACCAACUUCGCCAACAAGGGACCCGAGGUCUUCGUCAGCACUGGUAACAGUUUCCGCGCCGCCCCCAUGGGCACGACUCCCACCGUCCCUGUCGGUUCCCGCGGCACGAUGAAGAGCAACAAGGGCGAGGGCGUCCACGUCCAGAUGCAGACGUUCACCAUGGCGGACGACCACCUCUCCGAGUACGACGCCGGCCAGAAGACGCAGAUCCCCGACCUCGAGACCGGCGACGUCGAGAUCAGCCGCGAGUUCAAGCGCCCGCCAUACUGA